CAGAGUGAUGAAUAUUUAGUGGGCUCCUUUCAAGGGGUAGGGGUAGGUACUUCUCGGAAUGGCGAUGUAUGUUAAUUAGGUUGUGUAUGCAUCUGGACUCCAAGAUGGAACCUGCUGAUAUUCAAGAUGGAGUCCUCCUGAUAGCCUUUGGCAUCACUUAUUAUGGGAUAUAGUGCAAGCGCACUGAUCUUUGGCACUACAUCACCAUCUUCGGAAGGCUAAGGAAAGUUAAACAGCGGUCACACUUUGUUCUGGACAUGCGGGAGCCUGUAAAGGGGGAAGGGACUAGAAAAACACUUAAGAAGGAGAUAGUAAUUCACAGGUGUUUCAGCCUUAUCUCAGGUUGACAGGGUGUGGUUCCUGUUUACCUCACUUCUAGAUGGUAAUCUUUUAACAGCUCUUUUGUUCCACCAGCACAGUUAACCCUAUCUGUCUCAGCCUGAGGCACAUAAAAUGCCCAGCACACAUUACAUGCUUCACAAAAAGUUGAGAAGUCAUGAUUCUGUGAGGAAGAAGGAAGAGCAGGGGUAUUUGCCAAGUGCCUGUUACUUGCCAGGCUGCAUGUGGGGAGCUUCUGAGUUCACGAUCUCACUAUGUCCUGACAAUAAGCCAUGAGGUGACUGUUGUUCUCAAUGUGUGAGGACAAGUGAGUAGACCGUCAAAGGCUCUGUGACUGGCCAGGGUCUCCCUCAUGUAAAUGGCAGGAUCUGGAUUCAAAUGACAUCUGUCUCCUGCAGAGCCUGAAGGGUCGUGUUGUGCGGGGGUUCAGCUGCUGUUUUCUUUUCCAGGGGAUGAACAGUCAAUACGUCCACCGGGAGGUCUUCUUUAGGAACACCUGUAACGAGCUCAGACGCUUCUGGGAAAAGGAGAUUGGCAAACAGACUUACUACCGAGAAUCAGAGGAACACCGUCUGGGAAGAAGUGCCCUGAGAAAGCUCAGAGAAGAAUGGAGGCAGAAGCUGGAAACAAAGCUGAGGCUACGGAAUAACCCAGAUGAGACUGAAAAGAAGGCAAAUGUUGGCUGAGAGUUUCCUGGGCAUUGACAGGAGGGGACAUAAAGCACUGAGGUCAUUCUGCUAGAAGUCAACGCAAAUC